CUCCAGCCCCCCCCGCCGCCGCCGCCGCCACCGCCUCCUCGUCGCCGUCCUCCUGGUCUGCCUGGAAGCGUUGCUCUCUGCGGCGGAGGAGAGAAGUGCUAUGUCAGGAAAGUUCCGGGAGGGACUGGAAGGGGCCGCCCUCCCCGCGCUCUCCCGCGGGCGCCCGCCCGCCGCCCUUUGUAUGAGGCAAAAGUACUCCUAUGGAAGAUGGAACUUCUCAUCCGUUUUCCAGAAUGUGUUUCCCCGCCCAUCCAUGGAACCUGAUACUGCUCUUCAGUAUUGAACAGCUUGAGGAACACCUGCAUCUCUGCCUGCAUUUUCCAUUGGACCAAAACCAUGGUCUUCUCAGCAGUGUUGACUGCAUCCCAUGCUGGGGCGUCCAAUGUGACAUUUACAGUCUAUGAAAACACCUACAUGAAUAUUACUGUCCCUCCACCCUUCCAGCAUCCCAGCAUCGGUCCACUGCUUCAAUAUGGUUUCGAAACCAUGACUCCCACGAGUUUGAGUUCCUUGACAACGAAUAGCACAGCUGUGACCCCAACACCAGCAGUUUUUGAGAGCUUAAACCUCCCUCUCCAGAUCAUCCUUUCUGCUAUAAUGAUAUUUAUUCUGUUUGUGUCUUUUCUUGGGAACUUGGUAGUUUGCCUCAUGGUUUACCAGAAGGCUGCCAUGCGAUCUGCAAUUAACAUCCUCCUCGCCAGCCUGGCUUUUGCGGACAUGCUGCUUGCAGUGCUGAACAUGCCCUUUGCCCUGGUAACUAUUCUUACUACCAGGUGGAUUUUUGGGAAAUUCUUCUGUCGGGUGUCUGCUAUGUUUUUCUGGUUGUUUGUGAUGGAGGGAGUAGCCAUCCUGCUCAUCAUCAGCAUUGAUAGGUUCCUUAUUAUAGUCCAGAGGCAGGAUAAGCUCAAUCCAUACAGGGCUAAGGUUCUGAUUGCAGUUUCUUGGGCAGCUUCCUUUUGUGUCGCUUUUCCUUUGGCUGUAGGAAACCCUGAGCUGCAGAUACCUUCCCGAGCUCCCCAGUGUGUGUUUGGAUACACAACGAAUCCCGGUUACCAGGCUUACGUGGUUUUGAUUUCCCUCAUUUCUUUCUUCAUCCCUUUCCUGGUAAUACUGUACUCGUUCAUGGGCAUACUCAACACCCUCCGGCACAAUGCCUUGAGGAUCCACAGCUACCCUGAAGGCAUCUGCCUGAGCCAGGCCAGCAAGCUGGGUCUAAUGAGUCUGCAGAGGCCCUUCCAGGUGAGCGUUGACAUGGGCUUCAAAACACGUGCCUUCACCACCAUUUUGAUUCUCUUUGCUGUUUUCAUUGUCUGCUGGGCCCCGUUCACCACUUACAGCCUUGUGGCAACCUUCAGUAAGCACUUUUACUACAAGCACAACUUUUUUGAGAUUAGCACCUGGCUGCUCUGGCUCUGCUACCUCAAGUCUGCAUUGAACCCGCUGAUCUACUACUGGAGAAUUAAGAAAUUCCAUGACGCCUGCCUGGACAUGAUGCCCAAGUCCUUUAAGAUUUUGCCGCAGCUCCCUGGCCACACAAGACGACGGAUACGCCCCAGUGCCGUCUAUGUGUGUGGGGAGCAUCGGACAGUGGUGUGAAUACUGGAGCUGUCUGACACUUUGGGUGAUGGUUGGUCAUUGACUUUGAAUUUUCUUUCACAUAGAUGCUCCACUUACACUUCAUAGUUUUUCAUAGGGGUUUUGUGUGUGUGUGUCUGAGGUGUAAAGAAAGAGUGGUCAUCGGUUACAGUUUUGUUACCAAGCGUACACAGUAGGAAAGUGAUCACACAUUUCACCUCUAGAGUUUAAGAAAAGUCCUUGACUUAGGAUGGGGAGAGUUUUUUUUAAAAUUGAUUUUGUUUUUGUAGUAGGAAUCAGGAUUAUGUUUUACUGAGCCUACAGUUUGACUUGUAGGUGUUUUGUAUGCUGCUAAGAUAAGCGCAAUUGAUUUUAUAAAUUAUUUUUUAUUUUUUUUCUGGAAGACACUGCUGUUUUUUGUCAUCACAUU